AUGAAUACAUCCCAUCCCAUAAUUGAUGCCAAAAAGCUGAAUCGUGACUUAGACAUUUUAUGUGUUGCUUUUAACCAAGAUCAAGGAUGUUUUGCCGUUGGCCAUGAACGAGGGUUUGUGGUUUAUAAUACCAACCCUAUUGAUCUCCGAGUGAAACGCAACUUUGGAGGUGGUGGUAGUACCUCAAAUGAUAAGAACAAGUAUAAUGUGACUUCGUCGCAUUCUACUUCUGCUUCUGGAGGAUCUGGGAUUGGCCAUAUUUGCAUGCUUCAUCGUACCAAUUAUCUUGCAUUGGUAGGCGGUGGUAGAAACCCCAAGUUUGCAAGCAACAACGUAGUUAUAUGGGACGACUUGAAGCGUAAAAACAGUUUAAGUUUAGAAUUUAUGGUUCCAGUGAUGAAUGUUUUUCUCCUGAGGAUCAGAAUCAUAGUUGUUCUUCGGAACCAGGUGAUAGUGUAUGGAUUUUCUGCUCCUCCAAAGCAAAUAGUGGAAUAUGAAACUCUUGACAAUGAGCAUGGCAUAGCUGAUCUUUCUGCCAGUAUAUUGAGUACAGGCACAAGCAUACUGCCCACUGGAAGUGUUAAAAGUGGGAAUGAAAAUGAGACAUUGUCAUCAUCAUCUCCAUUUGGAGAAACAGCCAAAUAUCAAACGCUAGCAUUCCCUGGGAAAACUAUUGGUCAGAUUCAAAUAGUAGACGUGUCUCCUGCCGGUCAAAAUAAGAAUAUGGUUAGCAUCAUUAAAGCCCACAAAUCUAAAAUAAGAGCAAUAUCUUUAAGCAGAUCAGGAACACUUGUUGCAAGUGCUAGUGAAACAGGUACGAUUAUAAGAAUACAUUCAACACAGUCAACAGCAUUACUCUAUGAGUUUAGACGGGGUAUUGAUAGAGCUAUAAUUACAUCGAUGAAGUUUUCACCAAAUGAUUCCCGUUUGGCAGUAUUGUCGGAUAAAAAUACUCUUCAUGUAUUCACAAUGCAAGAUCCAACCCGGUAUAAUGAAAGCAAUAACUCGGGAAUCGGUUCCGCCUAUUCAAAUACUAAUGACCCCAAAAGUUUACCAACAAAUAAACAGCAUAUUUUACGGAAACUACAACUACCCAUUCCGAUCCCCAGAUAUUUUCAAUCCACAUGGUCUUUCUGUUCUAUUAACACAAACAAAUACCACCACAAUGAAGAUGACGAGCUCAACUCUCACGAUCUGGGUACUCUCGGCUGGUCCGGGAAUGAUACGGUGGUUAUUAUAUGGAAGAAAAAAAGAAUAUGGGAGAAGUACACUAUCCGUGAACAAAUUCCGAGUGGGCAUACUUCAGACAGAGUUUCCAAUGGUAGUCAUAAUAGGCAAAUGUCAUCAGAAUACUUUGACGGAUAUUCUCAAUCUAAACACACCAAUUGGGAAAUAGUACGGACGGGUUGGAAGAAACUCCUGGAAUUAGGAGAAUAA